AUGAAACAUCUGGAGAAGCCUGAAAGACGAGCAGAGAGGGUGGAGGAGGUUUACUCCGUCCUGGCUCUGGUGCCGUGGAGCUCUCCUGCGAGUGACAGGCAGCUGGAGGUGCUGUGUGAAGCUCUGUGGGCAGCCAGAGAUGGACCCCUUAACGAGGAGAGGGUCCUCGGUGCGCUGCUUCGCCCUCGCUGCGACACUCUUGUGUCGGUGUACUGCUCCACAUCUGUGAGGCUGCAGAGAGACCAUCUGCUGAGAAAUGCACCAGAAACACAAGUGGACUUGCCCGAAGCAGAGAAGCUCACCCUCAGUUUGUGUUGCCACAAGAACCGUCGGUCUGCAUGGAAGGCCAUCUUUUUUGAGUGCCUUAGCAGCGGGAAGCACUUCCUCGAACAGGUUCUGGCCACUGCGCUGGACCUGGUCAAACAUGAGGAGUUCAACCAGCUGAAAGCGUUACUGCAGCUGGAGUUUCGGCCGUUGUCUCGGCUGCUGCUGCUGCUUGGAUGGAGUCAGUGCCGCAGCCUGGACUCUGCUCAGCUGCUGCUCCGCACCCUUCACACCGAGCAGGUUUCAGCCAACGACCGAGUUCUGCAGGACUUUUGUAACCUUUUGUCAUCUCAGCUCGGAGUACUUGAAUGGUGUAAAAGCAACAACCCAGGGCUGUCAACUAAAGUGCUGCUGGCCCAGCUCCAAACUCUGGGCAGCCACUCAGCGCUGUAUCUUCUGCACACUCUGACGCCUCUGACUCGCUACGAAGAACACCGGAUCUUAGAUCUGCUCCAACAGCUGCCAGAUUCACCAAGAGCAGAAGAAACCGAUGCAGUCAGUGGAAGUGCUGGCGUGCAGAAGAACGUAGUUUUGUUCCGGGGCUUCUGUGCCAUGAAGUAUGCCAUCUAUGCACUCUGUGUAAAUGUACACAAAUACUCCAACUGCACAGAGUGCGAGUCAGUACAGCACCACCAGCCUGCGGAAACGGACCAAAACAAAAGCUCGGUGUCCUCAGAAGGAGGCCGUAUCCUGUUCCAGCACUAUCUGUCGGAGUGCCAGCUCUUUCUAGAGACGGUACCCGCCAUGUUCCGCCUCGAGCUGCUGGAGAACAUAUUUUCCCUUCUCUUUCUGUCCACGUCUGACUUUGUCCAACAGGUCCAAAAAGACUCCAGCACAGACACCGACGCUCACUCUGAAUGCACAUCAAAUGCAGCGGAUCAAAAUGUAGAAGCAGAAGCCAAAGUAGAUCCAGACGAGACUGAGCAGAAAAGGAGGGAGGACCAGAAGCAGUGUCCACGUUCAGCUGCAGCUCACAGUGGUCACCUGGACCUGGAACACCUCGUUCAGGGCUGCAGAGGCUUUCUGGUGGAUGUGACAGCCAUGGAGGGGUUUCUGAAACUGCUGAAAGAAGGUCUGGAAGGCAUGUGUGUGGUGGGUCGACAGGAGGGUCAAGAAACGGGAAGAGCCCUGUCUCGAGAGGCAGAGGCUGCUGCCGUUCUAGGCUGCUCUGUGACUGCUGAGACGUUCGGGGCUCGCCUGCAGAGACUGUCCAAACACACCGCGGAGGCUCAGUGGAGGCUGCAAAUUAUCACCAGCAACCAGGGCACUGGAGACGGUUCUGAAGGUCCUAUACAGAUGUCAACAUUCAGUUCUACGGGCACUCCUCUGGGACACAGAAAAAACUCAGGUUCAAGGAGGAGGAGGAAACCAGUGAGACAUGCUGCAGAGAGACAAACCUCCAUAGAGAAACAUAAUGGAGAUGUUAGCACUAGUGCAUCAGAGCAGGCUGAAGUGGGUACGAUGUGGGCCGAGGUGGGUACGAUGUGGGCUUAG